UCUGCUCUUCGGGUCCAAUCCGAUUCACAUCCUACUUUGUUUCGUGACAGGUCUGUGUUAAAGGACCAAUGAAGUGUGGAGUGAGCUUACAGGACUCUGUUUGAAGGGGAAGGUCGUGGGAAGAGAGGCAGACGGAUUGAACCACCUUGUAUUUGGGCAUCGGGGAGCGAUGACGGUCCGCGAGCUGCUUGUUUUGCGUGCCGCGGACCGGGUCAACACCGCCCGGACGUCCUUCCACACUGGACUCUCUGGAGGUGAUCCUGUACGGUGGAAACCGCCACCGCCUGCUCAUGUAUUUUGAAUAGUGGGGUUGGAAACCGUAGCAAGCCAUGAACAGGGACAUACCGGUGGCGGAGCUGGUGACGGAGUUGUGGCCGUACUCAAUCCACGGGAGGAAGGAGCUCCAGGAGGGCUGAUUCCAGGGAUUGAUUCGCCUGCUCCGUCUGGCCGUUGGUCUGCGGAUGAUACCCUGAGGACAAGAUGGCUGCUGCGCCCACCGCUUUACAGAAUUCCUUCCAGACCCGGGAUGAGAACUGGGGACCUCUGUCAGAGACAAUAUCAGCGGGGAUACCGUGGAGUCUGAAGACAUGCUGGACAAGGAGGUUAGCAGUUUCCAGGGCAGAUGGUAGUUUGGGGAUGGGAACGUAAUGGACAUAUUUGGAAAAGCGAUCGACAAUAGUGAGAAUGAUAGAGUUAUCUUCAGAGUGGGGUAGGCCGGUAACGAAGUCCAGCGCGUUAUGGGACCAAGGGCGGCUUGGGAUAGGCAAUGGACGCAGCAGCCCAGCUGGGAUAGGUGUGAAAACUUCCCUCGGGCACAGACGGAGCAGACUUGGACGAACUCCCGGGUGUCUUUAACAAGGCUGGGCCACCAGAAGUGCUGCCGGAUGAACUGAAUGGUGCGGGUGAUGCCGAGAUGACAGUGGCUGCUCCAACGAAGCACGAAGAAAGAAGGACGGGUUCCGGUUCGUCAGGACUGGAGGGGGGUGAGUAAAUUCGAGACGGGGCAUCUGGUUUGCUGUUUCGGGAGCCAGGACGGAAGAAGAGACUGAAAUUAAACCUGCUCAAGAAGAGGGCCCAGCGAGCUUGUCGAGGGUUAAGACGUUUGGCGGAACGGAGGUAAGAGAGAUUCAUGUGGUCGGUCCAAAUGAUAAAUGGUAAUUCAGUGCCCUCCGGCCAGUGCCUCCACUCUUCCAAGGCCAUUACAAUAGCCAGCAGCUCUCGGUUGCUGACGUCGUAGUUCGUCUCGGCAGGGGACAGACGACGGGAAAAAAAGGCACAGGGGUGAAGUUUCUGGGUCGUGGGGUCCUGCUCCUGAGGAUAGCCCCUGCCCCGUGUCCGAGGCGUCAACUCACACAGGGACAUCCGAGAGCCAUCGUCUACCGUAGCCACUGAAAGACGAGUAAGAAACCAUGAAGAGGAAAGGUAGAUGCUCAAGGUCAUCUGAGACAUCACCAUCGCAAAAGAGCGGGAGGCUCUGUGAAGGGAAGAGACCGUGUGGAAGUCAAAGGAAAACUCAGAGAAACAUCCAUGUGGCUGCAGCAACAUCUGACCUGUAUCGUGGAGAUGCCGCAACAGAUGCUACCUCCACUUUGGCUGACAAGCAUUCAGAUGGCAAGUCAAAAUCCUCCAAAUUAUCCACUGCCAUCUGCAGGCUGUGCCAUGGAAAGUUUUCUCCACGGAGUGUGCUACAUGCCUUCAACAAAUGGCCUCACGAUUUUCCUGAUCUUAUUAAUGAGGAAGCAUAUGCUGCUGCCAAGUCACCCUCUUUAUUCCACAUCGACUUCCAGCGACUGGUUGGAGUACAGUUGGACCCUGACUCUCGAUUAUCAGAAUUUGUUUGCAAGAAAUGUCACAGCAAGUUCUAUAAGUGCCACAAUAUUCUGGUUAGGUUUCUGCAGAUGGUUAAUCUCCUGCCUGUUGGGAAAGACAAUUCUAAAAUCAGGCACAAGCCAAUGUUUUCAGACUCUUUAAUAAACGAUGGGUCUACAACUUCACCAUCCUUUUCUUUAGACACUGCCUCCCUUCACAAUCUUGUGUCAUGGGCUCACCAUCACGGAGAGGCCUGCAAAUCUUGCCCUGACCUGAAUCAGAUGCUUGAGGGGCAGUGCUGGAGCUCAGUCAAAGCAGUGUGGUGUUGUGUUGAUGGGCACAGCUACACUAUGAACACACAGGGCACCACCUCUGUCAGGUUUGGAUAUUUGCUCAACCCAGGAGAGAGUGGAAAUGGGGCCAGAGAGAUUUCACUGGAGGUGGCCUGUGAGGAAAGAAGCACAGUGGGGACGCCAGGCUGUCAGGCUCAGCAGAGUCCACCAGCAGUCACUCCACUGGUUCAAAGCUCAACGCUGACGGACUGGACCUGCAACACUAAAGAGUUUGCAGACUCAGAAGUGGCAAUUUCUCCUGUUCGGGAGCAGCAAGAGGACAAGCUGACUAAUACUGAUCUAUCUGACAGAGCAACUGGACCCAACGAACAACAACAAAUUACAAAUACCUCAGGAGAUCCUAAAGUUAAAAGGAAACCUGGACCUAAACCUGGCUGGAAGAACAAGUUCAAACCUAAAGGGGAGGAGCUGCCCAACAUCUACAAGUGUCUGUAUCAAGGCUGCACUGCUGUCUAUAGAGCUCCUGAUGGUUUAAAGAAGCAUAUAAAAGAACAUCAUGAAGAGGUAAGAGAGCGACCCUGUCCCCAUCCUGGAUGCAACAAGGUCUUUACCAUUGACCGUUACUUGCAGCGACAUGUCAAGCUGAUCCACACAGAAGAGAGGAACUACAUCUGUGACCAGUGCGGACAAACGUUUAAACAGAGAAAACACCUUUCAGUUCACCAAAUGAGGCAUUCAGGUGUAAAACCUUUGCAGUGUGAGGUUUGUGGCUUCCAGUGCCGUCAGCGGGCGUCACUGAAAUAUCACAUGACGAAACACAAGGCAGAGGCUGACCUGGAUUUUGCCUGCUUGGUAUGCAGCAAGCGCUUUGAGAAGGCCCAUAAUCUCAAUGUUCACAUGUCUAUGGUCCACCCAUUGACUCAAACCAAGAUACAGAAAGGAGGCAACAAGCAGAAGCCACACACUGCAUUCUCCAACCUGCACAAAAUCUUAAUGAGCGGAGAAGCUAUGCCACAAGAACAAGACAGAUGAUGUCAGGAAGACUUGGAACUCAUGAUCUGACUCAUGGUGGCGCUCUAAAACAUCCAAUGUCUAUUUGCCUUUACUAUAAUUUUCCAACCAUAUACAGUAAUCCCUCGCUAUAUCGUGGUUCACAUUGCGGAUUCAGUGCAUUUUUAUACGUCAGUGUAGUGCAGUUACUUGCACAUUCUGAUAGCUUAAUUGGCUAAAUGAUUUUAAUGUGGCAGCAAUGACUCACAUUGGGUUGGGCUAUUAUUAGCAAAAAUGAAACCUUACUGAGUAAUCUCAGCACAUAAAUUUGGUAAGUAACCAAAUUGCUUGACGAUACAAAGAACAUGACUGGAAAGCCAGUGUUUAAAACACAAGCCACUGUCAGAGUUUUAUGAAGUAAUUCACAAAUUACCAACCUUAGCCCAAUGAACAAUUAAUACACAAACAUUGCAAAAUCGACAGAAACAAAUGCAAGAACAUUAAGCUGUUUAUUCUACAGCUAUAGUACUAUAGUUAAAAACAUCGCCGCAAUGAGUUCUGGGUUCCCAUACUGCUUUUUUCGCUGACUACAUUGGCAGGACCGUCCGUCAGUAUGAGGAACUGUGCCGAUGCUGAAGGCAGGAAAUUGCCUCCUACUGCUUGGGCUAUUGGUUGCGCCAUUCAAGUCGAGCACACCUGCGUGCGCAUGAACUUGUGUUGUGUGUGGAUGUUGACCUCAAGUGGGCAAAAAAAAAUACCUUCACCUCUCUAAAGUAUCAUAUAUUGGCUUUGAAAUGCAUAUAUGAAACUUAGACAUUUAUUCAUCCAUUUUCUUCCGCUUAUCACCAGCUACUUUGUCCCUCUUCCGGGGGGAUCCCGAGGUAUACCCAGGCCAGCCGAGGGAUGUGGUCUCUCCAGCGUGUAGUGCGUUGUUCGUGGGGCCUCCUACCGUUGGGUGUCCGGAACCCCUCACCAACUCAUUCUGUCCGCCUGUAUCCGCGAUCUUGUUCUUUCGGUCACGAGCCAGAGCUCAUGACCAGAGGUGAGGGUAGGAACGUAGCUGGACCAGUAAAUCGAUAGCUUCGCCUUCAGGCUGAGCUCCUUCUUCGCCACGACAGACCAAUACAGAGUCUGCAUUACUGCAGACGCUGCAACAAUCCACCUGUCGAUCUUCAGCUCCAUUCUUCCCUCACUCAUGAACAAGACCUAGAGAUACUUUAAAUCCUCCAUUUGGAGCAGGAGCUCUUCCCCGACACAGAGAGAGCACUCCUGCCUUUUCCGACUGAGGACCAUGGCCUCAGAUUUGGAGGAGCUGAUUUUCAUUCCAGCCACUCCACACUCGGCUGUGAACCACUCCAGCAGGAGUUGAAGAUCACGGCUUGAUGAAACCAUCAGAACCACAUCUGCAAAAAGCAGCGACAAGAUACUGAUAUCACCAAACCGGACCCCGUCAACACCUCAGCUGCGCCUAGAAAUUCUGUCCAUAAAGGUAAUGAACAGAAUCGGUAACAAAGAGCAGCCUUGGCGAAAUAUAACCCUCACUGGAAACGAAUCCAACUUACUGCCAGCAAUGCAGACCAAGCUCUAACACCAGUCAUACACAGCCCUUAUCAAGCCCAUACACCCGAAGCAACCCCCAUUGAAAUCCCCGAGGGACACGAUCGAAUGCCUUCUUCAAGUCCACAAAGCACAUGUAGACUGGUUGGGCGAACUCCCAUGAACCCUCGAGGACCCUGUUGAGGUUCCACGGCCAGGACGUAAACCACACUGUUACUCCUGAAUCUGAGAUUCAACUUCCCGAUGGACCCUCCUCUCCAGAACCCCUGAAUAGACCUUACCAGGGAGACUGAGGAGUGUGAUUCUCCCUAUAGUUGGAACACACCCUCCAGUCACCCCCUGGUCUGCCAAUCAAGAGGAACUGUCCCCGAUGUCCACGUGACAUUUCAGAGGCCUGUCAACCAGGACAGCCCCAUCCAGAGCUUUCAGGAACUCCCCCAGGGCCCUGCCACCGAGGAGCUUUUUAACCACCUCGGUGACCUCAACCCCAGAGUCCCCAGACGUUGCUUCCUCAUGAGAAGGCGUGUCAGUGGAAUUGAGGAGUUCUUCGACGUAUUCGGGCCACCAAGUCACAACUUCCCGAGUUGAGGUCAGCAGCACUCUGCCCCACCAGACACCGUGUUGACAGUGCACUUGCAUCCCCCUCCUGAGACUCCAGAUGGUGGCCCAAAAUUUCCUCGAAGCUGUCCGAAAGUCAUUCUCUAUGGUCUCACCAAACUCCUCCCACGCCCAAGUUUUUGCCUCAGCGACAACUAAAGCUGCAUUCUGCUUUGCCAGCCGAUACCCAUCAGCUGCCUCCGGAGUCCCACAGACCAAAAAGACCUAAUUGGACUAUAGGACUUCAGCUUGAUGGCAUCCCUUGGAUCCCCUGGUGUCAACCAGUGGGUUCGGGGAUUGCCACCACGACAGGCACCCACCACCUUACAGCCACAGCUGCGUUCAGCUGCCUCAACAAUGGUACUCGGACUCAAUGUCCCCCGCCUUCUCUGGGACGUGGGUGAAGUUCCGCCGGAGGUGGGAGUUGAAGCUCUUUCUGUCAGGGGACUCUGCCAGAUGUUUCCAACAGACCCUCACAAUACGCUUGGGUCUGCCAGGUCGGACCAGCAUCUUCCCCGUAUCAUCGGACCCAACUCACAUGAUACGGUGGCAAGUCCGCCGACACGACCACAGUCGAUCACCGAACUGCGGCCUAGGCUGUCCUGGUGCCAAGUGUACAUAGUGUUCGUUAUGAACAAACGAUGAUGAGUCCAAUAACAGGAGACCACUCGGUUUAAGGUGUGUGUGUGUGUGUGUGGUUCUUCCCAAUCACGCCCCUCCAGGGGUCACUGUCAUUGCCCAUGUGAGCAUUGAAGUCCCCCAGAAGAAUAAUAGAGGUGACAUUCCACGUGCCUAGAGCUAGCUUCUGUAGCCAGGGAUCAGAUUGACAUGGUCCUGGACUUCGGCCACCCAGCUCAUUGUGCACCCCCCCUCCCCCUGUACAUUUAUAUAAUAAUAAUAAUACUUGGUCGCUACUUUGCAGAGUUCAUUUAUUCGCUACUUUGCAGAGUUCAUUUAUUGCUGGGUUUCCGGGAACGUAACCCCGGUGAUACACGAGGGUUUCCUGUAUUCCACUUUUCAAGCUUGUUUACAGCUAAUAAGCAAGGAAGGGUGGCCACGUCCGUGAAGUGGGCGUUGUAGUAGUGUCGUGUUGGCUGAGAACAGCUGCAUCCGUAUGUACUGUCUGUACAAAAAUUGGGUAAGUAACUUUGCUUUCUUACUGUUGUAGUGGUUUAUUAAUCGCCCAAGUAAGUCAAGUGUUUUUAUUUAUUUUAUUGUUUUUAAGUAAUUACUGUAUUCAAGAACAUGGCAGAAAAACAUUUGGAACAUCUUUCAGUUAUUUUGAGUGAAACUGUUGAGCCAAAGUUGCCUUAUCAGAGGAAAGACUACUCUGGAAUAAUCCUGUGAGGGUCCAAGUGUGUAGACAGAGCUGCUGCCACCUCUGGGUCAAAUUCCACACACUGAGACUCCAGCUGCACCAGAACACACAAUACAAAGAGAUUAGAACCAGAGGGUGAAAUCAAAGGAAGGUCUUGAUAAGCGUGUUUGUGUUUGACCUGAGCUAUAUGCCCGGAAAAGAGAGUGGAAGUGGACGUCUGGGAAAUGGCCCUCAGCAGGAAGGUUUUGCUUUGGCUCAGAAUCUGCCAAGACUCCAUCUAUCAUCAGUAUCAGAUUUCAAGCGAGGGAAUUUCAUUUGAAUUGAGCAGGGUGAAUAUGGCUCAAGGCUUAGUCACCUGACUUCCAAGGGGUCCAGUGAUAGAGGGGCCCGGGCCAUCUAGGAGCUGCAGCAGACUGAUGUAGCAGGAGACAGCAGUAUUGAGAAAGCCUGGACAACGCACAGCUCUUUGCUGCACCUCAGUGCUCUGCUGAAGCAAUAAGCUUAACACACAUGAACAAUGUGUUUACUUUAAUAGGAAUAAUUUAAUAGGAAUACAGGAGCAACUUAAUGUAUGUUAUACAUUUUUUUAAGGCAGGACUUACUUAAAGAAACACAGGAUUCUAAAUGCUAACCUGUAGAAGGCCCACGGCAUCAGUUGAGUAAAUCGGUCUGAUGUCACCAAGGUAACACUCUGGUAAGCACCUUUUUCAGCAUCUAAGAAAAGUUUAAAUUACACUUCUAGCUACCAGAUUAGCUCACCAAGAGUGAAAUAUAGCAUAGCAAUAAAUAUUUAUAACCAUUUAUCAGAAAUUACCACAAAAUGCCACAACAGGACAUGGCAUUCAGUGUUGGAGUAUAGAUCUCUUAUGUAAUACAGUACAAGUAAAUGUUACCAAUCAUGAAUAAAACGAACCUCAACUGCUUUCAUUUUGUACAAGUAGCUUACAUAGUCUUUUUCAACAGAAAGAUUGGUUUUCUGAGAAAGAAAGAACCUUUACCUUUAGAUUUAAAGAUAAGUAGCCAGUCAGCAGAAUCCACCAACACAGUCAGGACUUCUGUGCAUAUGUUUAAGGCGUUCUGAUGGCUACACUCCUAAAGAAACAGAAAUAGGUGACGUUACAAACUCGAGAGGAAAGCAACUUCAAUAAACUCUGACCCUAAACAAGACUGUAUUGAACAGCAUCUGAUGUUCACUUGGGUGCAAUUCAGGGUUUGUUGAUACUAAAAUAUUAAAACAUCAGACAUGAACGCAUAGUUUGCUCGGCCAUUGACAAAUAUUGAUUCAAUACUCGACAAUUUUCUUUACAUAUUUGUGUCGUUGAUUUUUAGACUAAAAAGUUACUGGUAUUAUGAAUUAAGGCGAAAAAAAUACAAUUUAAGUUCUACUCAGCCAACAGACAUUUUUUUUUUUGCAUCCACACAUCCCAUCACGUUUAGAAUUGGAGCAGAGUGACCAAACAUUUGUGCUCAAGGGCCACAUUAUAUUUUUAAAACGGCAGAUGGGCAAGGACAUUUGUACAGGUAAAAAUGUUUAUUCAAAUUGAAAAGUGUAUGUCAAUAUAAUUUAUUCUAAUAAUUAAAUACAGUGGGGGGGGGGGAGGUAUUUUGUCAGCCACCAAUUGUGCAAGUUCUCCCACUUAAAAAGAUGAGUCCUGUAAUUUUCCUCAUAGGUAUACCUCACCUAUGAGAGACAAAAUAAGAAAAAACAAAUCCAGAAAAUCCCAUUGUCUGAUUUUUUAAAAUAAUUUAUUACCAAAUUGUGGUGGAAAAAUAAGUAUUUAUUCAAUAACAAAAGUCGAGUUCUCCCAACCCACUUGGAGAAGGUGUUCGACAGUGUCCCUCGGGGAGUCCUGUUAGGGGGGGUAUGGGGGACCGAACCCCCCUGAUACAGGAAAAAAACAAUUCAAGGUUACCUGGCCUGUGUUAAAAAGUAAUUACUUGUUAAAUCAUGAAUUAAUUGUGACUAAUCACAAUUUUUGGUUAAUUUUCACUGCUCACAUCCAUAGGAAGAGCCAUUAUUCUCACAUGGAGAAAUCAUGGAAAAGUGGUGAACCUUCCCAGGAGUGGUCGGCCUACAAAGAUUACCCCAAGAGAAUAGCAAUGACUCAUCCAGGAGCCCACAAAGGACAUCAGGAACACUUCAAAAGAACUGAAGGCCUACCUUGCCUCAGUUAAGUCAGUGUUCAUGACUCAACAGUAAGGAAGAGACUGGGCAAAAAUGGCACCCAUGGCAGAGUUUAAAGGCAAAAACCACUGCUGAACAAAAGAACAUAAAGGCUCACCUAACUUUUGCGAAAACAAAACAUCUGAAUGAUUCCCAAGACUUUUGGGAGAACAUUACAUGAACUGACGAGAUGAAACUUUUUGGAAGGUGUGGGUCUCGUUACAUCUGGCAUAAACGUAGCACAGCAUAUAUAUGGCAUCCUAACUUGCUUAUUUAUUUAUUUUAAACCUGUCCUGUUCAGCUGCAUGGCCUUACAGAAUGGUCCAUCUGUCUUUUGUGCUGGAACAGUUUUGCUGUUAAACAGGGGAGUUUGACACACUCCCUCUGCUUAUUUAAAAAAAAAAAAAAAUUAUGUUUAUUGAAAAUGCAGCUGGACAGAAAAGGGGACAGAGUGGACAAGGGGAAUAGGGGUGUGAACCACAGAUGAACAAUUGUUAGUUUAGAUAUUUGAGCACAAGUCACAUUACAACAGUCAAAUUGUGUUCUUAUUUGUGGAUGGCGGGGGAACGACACCCGGUGAGGACAUGCAAUAACUAACUGAGAGGACAGAAAAGGGCAGGACAGGACAGUUGAUAUGUUCAUAUAACCUGUGUUGUUAUUAGCGGUCCCAGCACACGCAAUUAAAGCCGAUUGCGUGAAUUAGAGAAUGAACAAAUCACAUGCAUGUUAGUCAACUGGUCAACGGAGUUGCUGACAUUGAGCAAGGGUGGGCCUGGCCCCCUCCACCCACAGGGAGGGGGUGUGGUGGGGGGGGUGGGGGCAAACUAGUGUGCCCGUCCAGCAGGGGACCCAACCAGGGGGACGCCACCCACUCCCCAGGACGGUCCCCAGCCCAACUGAAGCGCACUGACCAGUCCCAAAGGGAGGGGCACCACCCACCUCCCCCCACACUUGGGAAAUGAUCCAAUUAAUUAUAAAUACAUCUUUGCCAAUGACGUAAGAUGAAAGGCAGAACAAUUAAAAGCUCUUCCACUAGAUGGCAGAAGGUACAAAAAAACGUUGCCAUUCAUACAACAAAACAAAAAGUCUAAGAGUGGGUUACAAAGUAUGUUUUUUCAACUGAUUUAGUACAAUUUUGCAUCGCUGAAUCCAAAAAUGAUAUCGGUCCAGGUCAGGUUUUUAUGCCAAUUUUUUAACAGUUUAUGAAGCAAAAUGUACAUUUAAAAGUAGACAUUGAUAAAAGUAAGUACCUGUAAAUUUAAUGUUAUGUCAUCAUUGUUCAGAAUUCAGGGCAUGAACUUCCAUUUAUUUGGCGAAAAUACCUGUACAUCUAAACAAAAACAUGGCCAUAGUUCAAAAAGUUGACCUGCUUGAGCAAAACCAACAUAAUUUUUGGAUUCAGCACAUUUUAAUUGUCCGAAAUCAGCUUAAAAAAAUCUUCCAAUAAAUUGGUUGUUGACCAGUGUAAUAAGUCUUGGCUUCCUGCGAGUGUAUCAGCCUAGUGUUGCAUUAUAUAGGCCCACAUUUCACACUGAGUACAAGGCCUGUCACAAUAAUUACUAUGUUGACUUGUCGUUCAAUAAAUAAAAUGGGCACGAACUCCAUAAAUGAUCAUUGUUGUGGUGAGCCGGUGUGCGGAUUACACGGUAAGCCGACAUAUUUGGCCACUAGUUGGCUAAUGGAAACCGGAGGACCGGUAGACUCUUGCCGGUGUUGGCUCCAUUCAAUACUCACAGCCUUGGUCCAUGUGCCGUGGUCCGUAUUUUAUUGUUUCACUCACCCAAUUACUGAGCGGUGUAUAUAAUCUUAUUCCAAGUUUUGCACUGAAGUUAAAACAUACUUUUGUUCGCCGCCGCCGUUGGACACAAGCACAUCUUCGUUGCGCAUUCGUCGUUGGUUUUUGCCGCUUCUUCUUCGGGGUCGGCAGACGAGGCAUUGAAACUGGGAACCACAUUUUUUUAAUUUGUACGAUUCCGGGAGAACCGGAACAUCAGUCCCGGUUCCAAUCGAUGCCCAACCCUAAUGGUAGGUCAAUUGAAGACUAAAUUGCCCGUAGGUGUGAAUGUGAAUAAUGUUUGUCUGUAUGUGCCCUGCAAUUGGCUGUCGACCAGUUUAGGGUGUACCCCGCCUCUCGCCCAGAGUUAGCUGAGAUAGGCGCCAGCACGCCCGCAACCCUAUUGAGUAACCUGCUAAUAUUGAGUAACCCUCCCAACCCUGUUUAUAGCAUAGACAUAUGAAGAUAUGUCCAAAGUUAAAAAGCCCUGACUCUUUUAAAGAGGACUGUAUAGGAAAACAAACUACUGAAUCAUUCAAAUAAAGUAAAAGAAUUGCAGUAGUAUUGAUUUAACCAUGUUCUCUUUGGGACUAUCCUUUUAAAUAGGUAAAUUGGUUUGUUUUGCUUGUAAGUACAUUCCAAAAUAGUGUGAAAAAUCAUCGGUCAUAAACUUUUAUAUGGUGGUGGUAGACUUAUGCAAUCGUUUUUAAAUGUAUUUCAAUCAUAUGCUUGUGGUAAUGCUAAAACAUAAAUGGUUUUCCCAGGGGAAGAGGGUUUGGAGCCCUCACUAUACUGUAAGAGCUGGCUGCUGGCCCCACUGAGUCAAACAAAUGAUCUAAUAAAAGUGUUUUCUUUUUUUAAAUGAAUGACCUGUUUUUCCUGUCAACAUUUUGUUCACAGUAAAAUAUUUAGCAAAUAUAUCUCGAGUCACUGUCAAAGUUAAUUUCAUACGAAACUAUGAUAUGCCAUGGUCAUGCUGUCUACAU